CCCCGCCGCCGCCUCCCACCACGGCUCGUCCAGCGCGUCCCCCAUGCUGCCAGCGCCACGCGGGCCCGCCUUCCUCUCUGCCCGGCUUCCGCACUUUGCGGCCGACGCCCUCACUUUGCGACAGCACCGUGGAGGGACGGGCCGAAAGGUGUCGCAAAGAAACAACAACAUACCGACUCCCCGGCCGUGCUUUACGGCUGAGCAGGGCGGCACGUCAACAGCUAUGGCGGAAGGGGACGGGGCGCCGCCGAGCAGCUGGGAAAAGGAUCUUGCGGAAGCUCUAGAAGAAGGAGGCUGUGAUCUUGAAACUGUGAGAAACAUCAUUCAAGGAAGGCAAUUGCCUGCUGAUCUGAGGGCCAAAGUUUGGAAGAUUGCACUUAAUGUUGUAGGAAAGGGGGACAGCCUCGCAUCCUGGGAUGGCUGUUUAGAUCUACCAGAACAGAAUAUAAUUCAUAAAGAUUGCCAAGAGCUAAUUGACCGGUUGUCAGUGCCAGAAGACGAGAAGUCAGUAUUGCUUUUGGACAUUGAGUCUGUUAUUACUUUUUACUGUAAAUCACGCAGUGUUAAAUACAGUUCUUGCCUUGGUUGGAUACAUCUCCUCAGACCUCUGGUUCACCUUCGAUUGCCACGCAGUGAUCUGUACAACUGCUUUUACGCUAUCAUGAAUAAAUACAUUCCAAGGGAUUGUUUUCUGAAGGGAAGACCAUUUCACUUAUUCAGGUUGCUUCUUCAGUACCAUGAGCCUGAACUCUGCUCCUUUCUUGAUACUAAGAAGAUGACACCGGACUCAUAUGCACUCAACUGGCUUGGAAGCCUUUUCUCCUAUUACUGUUCAACUGAAGUAACUCAGGCAAUAUGGGAUGGUUAUCUACAACAAGCAGAUCCAUUCUUUAUUUAUUUUUUAAUGUUGAUCAUCCUUGUCAAUGCAAAAGAUGUUAUCUUAGCACAGGAAUCAGAGAAAGAAGAAAUGCUAAAAUUUCUAGAAACUUCACCAGCCAAUCUCGAAGUAGAGGAUAUAGAGGAUCUCUUCUCUUUGGCACAAUAUUACUGUAGCAAAACUCCAGCUUCUUUCAGGAAGGACAAUCACAGUCUUUUUGGCAGCAGCUUACUGGGCCUCAAAGAUGAUGACACAGACUUGAGCCAGGCUCUCUGUCUAGCAGUCUCAGUGUCUGAGAUUCUUCAAGCGAAUCAGCAGCAAGGAGAAGGAGUGAGGUUCUUCGUAGUGGAUUGUCGUCCUGCAGAACAGUACAAUGCUGGGCACUUAUCAACAGCUUUUCAUUUAGACUCAGAUUUGAUGCUUCAAAACCCAUCAGAGUUUGCACAGUCUGUGAAAUCCCUAUUAGAAGCACAAAAACAGUCUAUUGAGUCUGGCUCUAUAGCUGGUGGGGAACAUCUCUGCUUCAUGGGAAGUGGCAGGGAAGAAGAAGAUAUGUAUAUGAACAUGGUGCUGGCACACUUCUUACAGAAAAAUAAGGAAUAUGUAAGCAUAGCCAAAGGAGGAUUUAUGGCCCUUCAGCAGCACUUAGCAGAUAUCAACGUGGAAGGACCAGAAAAUGGAUAUGGUCACUGGAUUGCUAGCACCUCAGGCUCCAGAAGUAGCAUAAACUCCUCUGUCGAUGGUGAUUCUCCUAAUGGUUCAAGUGAUGGAAAGGGAGUCAAGUCCUUGGUGAAUAAAAUGACAGUUGCUUUGAAGACUAAAUCUGUGAACGUGAAAGAAAAAGUUAUUAGUUUCAUUGAAAAUACAUCCACUCCAGUGGACAGAAUACCUUUCAAUAUUCCGUGGCCAGACAGAGCAAGCCUGGAGCGACAUGUCAGCAGCAGUGACAGAGUAGGAAAACCUUACCGUGGUGUGAAACCAGUAUUCAGCAUCGGAGAUGAAGAAGAAUAUGACACUGAUGAAAUUGACAGCUCUUCAAUGUCUGAUGAUGAUCGAAAAGAGGUUGUCAACAUCCAAACAUGGAUAAAUAAACCUGACGUGAAGUAUAACUUCCCCUGUAAUGAAGUAAAAGAAAAUGGACAUAUGUUUCCCAGUCACCUCCUAGUAACGGCAACCCACAUGUAUUGUUUGAGGGAGAUUCCGUCGCGGAAGGGGCUGGCUUACAUACAGUCUCGACAGGCACUCAACUCUGUAGUCAAAAUCACAUCCAAGAAGAAGCACCCAGAACUGAUCACCUUUAAAUAUGGAAAUAGCAAUACUUCAGGCAUAGAAAUUUUGGCAGUUGAAAGGUAUCUGAUUCCAAAUGCAGGUGAUGCAACCAAAGCCAUAAAACAACAGAUCAUGAAAGUAUUGGAUGCCUUGGAGAGUUAAUAACUAAAGACGUUGUAGAAAAGAGUUUAUAAAGAAGAAGUAACAAAGAUACUGUAUGUGGACAUGAGCUGAUGGUUUCCCAAUCAAAUACUAACUUUGUGUUUUUUCAGUUUACUGACGGGAGUGCCUGGAUAGCAGGCUUAAGAUAGGGUAAAUUAUUACCAAUUUCUGAACAAGAUUUUUAAUUUCUUUUAUUUUGUAGAAGUACGUAUUAUAAAGGUCAGUUUGUUUCACUGCGAUGCACCUUUAAUAUGAGUGAUGUGCACAUUUAUAAGAGGGCGUGCUGCUAGGUUCAUACAAGUAUACUAAAAGAACAAAGCAAAGUGGAGAAGCAGUAGAAGACAGGAUGGCUUUAAAUGACUGAUAUUUGAAAGCAAAAUAUCUCCAUAGCCUUCAGUCUAUAAAUUUGAUUUUUGCCUAUUGGGUAAUAAAUUGAACUAUUAAAAACUUAGCUUUGUAAGCAGAGCAGAUAAAAUCUUAGGAAUAGUGCUUCCUUUCAGUUAGAAAUGGGCAAGUGCGGAUGAAGGGGAAGAAAUGCCAAUAAUUUGGAGAAUUAACAUUUUAGCAGUCCUACGAAAUUAAAUUUACAUUAAAUAAUUGGAAUGGAAUAUAAGGGUAUCUUUAAAUACCAAAACGAACCAUGCGCAAUAAACCUUUCCUACAGGGUUGUGAUUUCAUUAAUUAUGCUAAGUUUUACAUUUGAUAGGUUGAAAUUGCUUCUCAUGUGAGGGUGAGUGCACGCAUUGAAAUGCGUAUGGCAGUGAAAAACCAGCAGUCUGGCUCCUGUCAAGUAAAAUGUCUAAAAUAGAAGUUAGGCUUUUAAAAGCCUUCAGUUCAGCACAGAAUUGAGUUUCUGUUGACUAAAGGAGUGUUGAAGAUUGAAGGUGUGGCUACAAAAUUAAUGCAUACAAAUAAAGUGAUUUCCUGUGCUGUGGCUUGCACUUGCAAUAAAUGCUUGCAAUAAAUGCCACCUUCAUUGGUUCAACAUUUGUUUAUACUCCUUUAAUAACUGUAAGCUAGUGAAUGUUUGACAGAAGGCAGCUGUGUAAUAGUGCAUUUCUGAUCUUCUACGUGGUACAGGAAUGGAUCUCUUGCUAGGAAGCCCAGUAUAGGAAUGUCCUUACGGCUGAGGCAAAGUACCUUUGUAGACAGCUUUGUGGAAAUUACCAAAAAUUGUGAAGUUAAAAAGUUAGGGGUUAGUUUUGCUGUCUGAAGUUUUCUGGUUGAGUCAAAACCUGUGAACUGGUACAUCAUCGGGAGAAAAAAUGAACUGACCUUUAUAAAAGCCAGUUAUUCUAAGUUAUUUUACUAGGAAUCAAGCUAGGGCACCUUAAUUCUGGAACUAAUUCCUUUUUUUUUUCCUUACUAUCUGAGUAAACACCAUUAGAACUUGAACGGUUAAAGAUAUUUGCAUGAAAUUGCACCUGGGCCAACUCUCGUGUAUUUAUAGUUUUGCCCAGCAGCUGUUGUAUUACGUUUUCUUCUUCCUCCUCCCUUCUGAAAAUAUCCUGAAGAGUCUCCGACUCCGUGCCUACUUCAGCAAUGAGAUUUUUUUCAUGUAAAGAUGUUUGUGUUACUGUUUAUAAACGACGGAUGUAAAUAAACCAGUACAAUUUGAACAUAA